UAGCGUGUUGCAUCAAACCAAAUUCGUGCAACGUCGGGCUUCGAAUGUAUCUCGUUGACGGUAGUGAACGUAGGUGGGGUUUGGACUUCUUUCUGUAAACGCGCGUUACUCUUUCUCCUCUCUCUCCGUUUGAGACUCCUCGUGGUUUGCUUUAUACGGCGCUGGUGUCAGUACUCAGAGCGCUUGAAAACAAAAUUGUGUUUGGUAACAAGUUCCCCCGAUUUUUAAGUGAAAUGAUCGAGGAGCACGACGAACGUGAAACAAUAUGCGAUUCAGUGAACUCACUGGUUGAAGGUUGCCGUUUACCGGUUAAAAUGCACGGUACAGAUGAUUGGCCACUUGCUGAGAUAAUCAGCGUUAAAGAAGUACAAGGUGUCAAAUGUUAUUACGUUCACUAUGUGGAUUUCAAUAAACGAUUGGACGAAUGGGUUAUGGAAGAUUCUUUGGAUACAAGAAAAGUUCAGUACCCACGUCGUGAUGGAACGACACCAGGAACUGGCGCGGCAACACCAAAAAAACAAGCUGCCAGUAGGCCUCCUAGUCCUAGCAGCGUCAGCAGCGAACCGGUUAAUGGUUCCGCUGUUCUCCAAGCUGCUCUACAAAAGAAAAUGUCUAGAAAAAGAAAAGCCGCGUUCCUAGAGAACGAGGAUUCUCAGGAUGGCCCGCCACAAACACCGGGUCCGAGACCUACUGGUUCUUUAGUAGCACAUCAUAACGAUGAUGUAAUAACGCGGAUGAAAAACGUAGAACUAAUCGAAUUAGGUCGCCAUCGAAUAAAACCAUGGUACUUCAGUCCAUACCCGCAGGAGAUGGUGAAUUUAUCUUGUAUAUAUAUCUGUGAAUUCUGCCUGAAAUAUAGAAAAAGCCGAAAGUGCUUAGAAAGGCAUUUAGUCAAAUGUAAUUUACGUCAUCCGCCCGGGAAUGAGAUAUACAGGAAAGGAUCUAUAUCGUUCUUUGAGAUCGACGGACGUAAGAACAAGAAUUACGCACAAAAUCUCUGCCUACUAGCGAAGCUAUUUCUAGAUCACAAAACUCUCCAUUACGACACGGACCCCUUUUUAUUCUACGUAAUGACAGACUUCGAUAGCAGAGGGUUUCACAUAGUAGGGUACUUUUCCAAGGAGAAAGAAUCAACGGAGGAUCACAAUGUAGCUUGCAUUCUUACACUGCCACCGUACCAGAGGAGAGGUUACGGGAAACUCCUGAUAGAAUUUUCAUACGAGCUAUCGAAAUUCGAAGGAAAGACCGGUUCUCCUGAGAAACCGUUGUCGGAUUUAGGUCUGCUUUCAUAUCGAAGUUAUUGGGCACAUACGAUACUCGAUAUCCUGCUGAACGUCAAGCCAACGAUGGAAAAUGACAAACCGCAGAUAACGAUAAGCGAAAUCUGCGAAUUAACAUCGAUCAAGAAGGAGGACGUGAUAUCGACUCUACAGAACUUGAAUCUCAUUAAUUAUUACAAGGGGCAAUAUAUCGUGACGUUAAAUAGGGAGAUAAUCGAGCAACAUGCAGCCGCUAUGGAAAAGAGGCAGAUCAGGAUAGAUCCCAAGUGUUUGCAUUGGACACCGAAAGACUGGAGUGUUAGGGCUAAAUGGUGAAAUGAAGCUCUAAAUUGACAAUAAGGCGAUGUUAACUUGUCUUGAAAUUAUUUUCAGGAAUCCCAACGGAAAUAAUUAUGAUUAACAAAAGUGUACAAAAAUUGUACAUAUUUAUGUAUUGAUUCGUGACCUCAACGGUCUAGCGUUUUAAUAAGACUGCAUUUGGCGUUGCGUACGCUUUCAGCAAUGCUAUAGAAACUUCAUUGACGCACGCAGAUCUCGGUUGUAGAGCGCUAAGAUCAUGCCGCGUGUACUCGCGGAUUUUACCUGAGAAGAUAUUUGCUACAACAGCAUGUACCUAGAAGUCAGACGCAAUGUUUUAAUACGGUGGUUACAAUUUUUUUAAACGAUACGCAAAAACCGCCAUCGCCGUUAUAAUGAUCGUGUUUGUACAGUUAUCCUUAUCGGUCUUGUAAAUUGUAAAUAAAUAUGAUUUUAUAACAUAUUUACACAAUUCCUCCGCGGCUCUUCAGGCGCAUUCAAAUUUUAUAGGGAAAUAUUUGUAUAGGCUCAAUACUCUCAGACCGCUGUUUGUAAUUCAAUUUUUAGUACACAUGGACAGGUUGAAAUGCAUCGUAUCUAUUGUGUGUAUAUAAAUAUGUACACAUUGUUAUUUAUUGUACAUUUUCUCUGAGAUAGUCGAAAUAACUUACGGUAGUUAGGAAUAUUAUAAAUUGCUAUAUGAAUACGUUGCGCACGUUGACGUAUUUGUGAAUAUUUAAUAUGAGCUAUAGAGACGACUCUAUCUCAAAGACGACUUCUAACCAUCAUAAAUUAAUACUUUCUAUUUUUUGGCAAAAAUAAACUUAAACGUUAAAUGCAAAGACUAACUUUAUCAAGUAUAAUUUUGAAUCGUUAAAAUCAAAUGUGAAUAUCAUUUUAUUGAAUUUCUAUUAUGCGUUAAAACUUCGGAAUGUCAUCCGGGAUUUUUCAUUUGCGGCUUCAUUGCGACGCAAGUCAGUGUUGCGAAUUUUCAUAUUUCUCACUCGACUACAUGGUAUCGUUGUACGCUUGUAGACCAAGAACACCUCCGAUGUAGAUCAUUAAUACUGACUACAAAAUUUCAGACAUUUUGUAGUAGAAAUUAUAGUUACCAAUGUGUAAUAAAUUUCAGCUGAAUUUGCUAUUUUUUUUAAAUUUCGACUAAAACAUCUUACGUUGAAUGAUGAAAAAGUUUGAUGCAGCAUGUAUCUUCAUUACAUGUGACAUUUUUAAUAAGGGAACUAUUCUCAUAAAAAUCAAUGUUAUGUUUUUAUGCAAUUUUAUAACAAGAUGUAUGUGUACAUUUUAUAAAUAUCGUAUUAGUAAACUCCUACUUUUGGUUAA